AUGCGGAGAAGUCAGCCACUGCUGCCCCACUGCCAUGCGCGUGAGCCGGAGGAACUUGGAAUUAGGUACACACCUCUCCUCUCCCGUUCCUCACGUUUCGCGCUGCGCCUGCUUGGACUGCUAUUCUGAUUUAACAUGAUAGGAUUUAACAUGAGAGGAACUGCCCUUUAUUCACGCGGCGUCAUAAACGGCUUUGGAACGUUUGCAAAAGGUUCGGUUCUCACUCACAGGUGAAGUGUCAGCUGCGCACGGGCAUCCUCGCAUCAUGACCGGAGGAGUUCCCUCGAUUCUCAGGGAAUUAUACAGACUGAGACUGGCAGAGUCAGAGAACCACAGAGAGGUAAGACUCGAUGCAUUGGGAGAGGAUUGUGGGUGUGUGAUUUUAGUCAGAGGAUGGAUAGCCACAGGUGCCGCAUGCAUCAGACCGGACGAAGAGUUGUAGGCUAUGUGGAUGACAGCACGGAGUGUUUUGUUUGCUGUAACAAUUGGGAAGGUUGGUCAACCUUACGCAUUACCAUGGCGCACGGCCACAGUUGAAUUCUACAGUGACAGAGCUGUCAGGAUACGCAACCCGAAACAGCGAGAAUAAGGAGACUGACUCACUGACCAUGGGGCAGUCCCCGCCACACGGCGCGCUCUCACUGGGCACAGCUGGACCUGCUGCUUUUUCACUCUGUGCGCUGUCAUUGAGAGAAUGGCACACAUAUCACUAUGACACACACACGUUGAGGUGCACCUUUGAAAAGCACACAUGAUGAUUUGCUUAACUGCUGUGGGUAUUCAGUCAGAGUAGCCUACAGUAUUAGCUGGAGGAACUAACAAGGAUGGACAUGGGUGGCUAUUAUGUACAUAUAUUUUCAGCAGUUUUUGUCCACAAGGAAAGUUGAGCAGCAUAAAAUCAACACAUUCCGUUUGUGUGUCUAGCAGCCAGUUUUUAGCCUCAUGCCUUCCUUCACAUGUACCACACAGUAAUGUAUUCAGAAUGUUUGAGGGUGGGUCAAUAUAAAACAAACCUCAUCCCCAGGCUAAACUGUAGAGAGAGCCAGCUGGUGGAUGAGAUUAAUAUACAACUAACUGGCCAGUCUCUCUCCUAUAGGGGUUCAAGAAGCAGCAGAACAUGCCUGGGCUGGUGGAGACUGGAUGAGCUAUAGGGGAGAUGCUGUAGUGUGUACCUGGAGGGGCUAUAGGGGAGAUGCUGUAGUGUGUACCUGGAGGGGCUAUAGGGGAGAUGCUGUAGUGUGUACCUGGAGGGGCUAUAGGGGAGAUGCUGUAGUGUGUACCUGGAGGGGCUAUAGGGGAGAUGCUGUAGUGUGUACCUGGAGGGUGUACCCAGGAAAUAUCACAUUUACAUAAGUAUUCAGACCCUUUACUCUGUACUUUGUUGAAGCACCUUUGGCAGCCUCGAGUCUUCUUGGGUAUGAUGCUACAAGCUUGGCAGACCUGUAUUUGGGGAGUUUCUCCCAUUCUUCUCUGCAGAUCCUCUCAAGCUCUGUCAGGUUGGAUGAGGAGCGUCGCUGCACAGCUAUUUUCAGGUCUCUCCAGAGAUGUUUGAUCCGGAUCAAGUCCAGUCUCUGACUGGGCCACUCAAGGACAUUAAGAGACUUGUCCCGAUGCCACUCCUGCGUUGUCUUGGCUGUGUACUUAGGAUCGUUGUCCUGUUGGAAGGUGAACCUUCGACCCAGAUUGAGGUCCUGAGCUCUCUGGAGCAGGUUUUCAUCAAGGAUCUCUUUGUACUUUGCUCCAGUCAUCUUUCCCUCGAUCCUGACUAGUCUCCCAGUCCCUGCCGCUGAAAAACAUCCCCACAGCAUGAUGCUGCCAACACCAUGCUUCACCGUAGGGAUGUUGCUAGGUUUCCUCCAGACGUAAUGCUUGGCAUUCAGGCCAUAGAGUUCAAUGUUGGUUUAAUCAGACUAGAGAAUCUUGUUUCUCAAGGUCUGAGAGUCCUUUAGGUGCCUUUUGGCAAACUCCAAGCGGGCUGUCAUGUGCCUUUUACUGAGGAGUGGCUUCCGUCUGGUCACUACCAUAAAGGCCUGAUUGGUGGAGUGCUGCAGAGAUGGUUGUCCUUCUAGAAGGUUCUCCCAUCUCAAGAGAAACUCUGGAGUUCUGUCAGAGUGACCAACGGGUUCUUGGUCACGUCCCUGACCAAGGCCGUUCUCCCCCGAUUGCUCAGUUUGGCCGGGCGGCCAGCUCUAGGAAGAGUCAUGGUGGUUCUUAACUUCUUCCAUUUAAGAAUGAUGGAGGCCACUGUUCUUGGGGACCUUCAAUGCUGCAUACAUGUUUUGGUACCCUUCCCCAGAUCUGUGCCUCAACACAAUCCUGUCUCGGAGCUCUAUGGACAAUUCCUUCAACCUCAUGGCUUGGUUUUUGCUCUGACAUGCACUGUCAACUGUGGGACCUUAUAUAGACAGGUGUGUGCCUUUCAUGUCCAAUCAUUUUAAUUUACCACAGGUGGACUCCAAUCAAGUUGUAGAAACAUCUCAAUAAUGAUCAAUGGAAACUGGAUGCACCUGAGCUCAUUUUCUUUCGAGUCUCAUAGCAAACGGUCUGAAUACUUAUGUAAAUAAGCUAUUCCUGUUAUUAUGGGGUAUUGUGUGUUGAUUAAUGAGGGGGAAAAAACUAUUUAAUCCAUUUUAGAAUAAGGCUGUAACAUAACAAAAUGUGUAAAAAGUCAAGGGGUCUGAAUACUUUCCGGAUGCACUGUAUUUAAAAUUGUGCAGAGCUCUGUCCCUGUUCUUAAAAUACGGCAAUUAUAAUGAUGCAUAUAAACAUUUUGUUUGCAACCAUAGGUUUCAUUUUUGGAUAAUUAAAACACAUUCCGCUGCCCACCACUGCAUCACAUCCAGCACGGUUUUGCUAACAAACUAAUUUGCAUGUUUCAUUUGAAAAUAGCAAAACAAUUGUAUACCGGUACUUUAAUAACAUGUUUAUUCGUUUUCUUGAAUACCCUUCUAAAUAAUUAAUGAUAUGUAUGCUGAUUUGAAUUUGAAAGGGUGGCCAGGACACGUUGGCCUGUCAUUCAGGAGAACCUUAAGAUUUGUUUUAAAUGAAAAGCACAAAAUAGAUAUUGACAGUGUUGCUAUAGUGUUGUUAUAUGCUAUAGUGGCGUAAUUUAUGGAACAUUUCUGUGAUAUUUUAUUUCAGCUCAUGAAACAUGGGACCAACACUUUACAUGUUGUGUUUAUAUUUUUGUUCAGUAUAUUUCAGUGGGGAAUGACUGUCCACUGGAGUGUGGUGUUGAACUUCGAAGUUCCGAUUCCGUCGUUGUCCACUUGUUAUUGUUAUUUAUUAGGAUCCCCAUUAGCCGCAGUCUCUCUUGUAGAAUAAUAAAGGCAUUGCGCACCAGUGCUUCAGGCGUAUCUCACGAGACCAGAAAUGUCCAUUCAUGCUGAUUUAUCGUUCUGCUGUGGGAGUGAGAUUAGGCAGCGCGCGCCGAGAGGAAGUCAGUGCAGAGGCGUUCUGCUCCGCUCCAGAAAUGCCCAUUCAUGCUGAUUUAUCGUUCUGCUGUUGGAGUGAGAGCAGGCAGCGCGCGCCGAGAGGAAGUCAGUUCAGAGGCUUUCUGCACGGCUCCAGUACAGUACCACACGACACGUUCUGACCUGCCGCCUCAGGACUGCCGACCACAAUAUUCUCUACAUUUACAGUCUACACUAAAUCAGCUCACAUCGGGAGACCAACCUGUGAAACAAUUCAUCUGCAUCCCAAAUGGCACCCUAUUCCCUUAAUAGUGCACAACUAUUGACCAGAACCCACGACCAGAGCCCUAUGGACCCUGGUCAAAAGUAGUGCACUAUGUAGGGAAUAAGAUGCCAAUUGGGAUGCACACCUUAUUUUACAACUGUACUGUGGGAGGCUGGCAGGUGCAGCUCAUUGCUUGCCUGGUUCUAGCCCAGCCUGAGCGACAGUACACAGCACACAUGUAUGCCUUUUAGUCUGUGACAGCAGCACAGUAUGAUAUGGAUGAGAAAGCAGAGGGGAUAUUCUAAAGGAGGAGGGGAGAAUUAACAUAAAUAGAGAGAUUGUAAGUGAGUUUGGACAUAAUGACAGGAGAGAAUUUAGUGCUUUGGAACAUUUGGCUUGGGUAUCGAAUAAUCAAUUACAGGUUGAUGUCAAUAUAUUAGCCCAUAUAUCUUAGCCUGAGUAAUCUCCCACUGCCAACACACACACACACACACACACACACACACACACACACACAGGGUUAGGUGAUAGAGUACAAAAUAAGGAAGAGGAAUGAACAGUUUGUGUCCAGACCACCAAACAGCACCUGUUGAUUGUUAGUUAUAUAUAGUAAGUCAAGCAGUGCUGUGGUGUAGUACGUUUGUUAUCAUGAAUCUUUACUGCAUGUGGUGACUUUGUCAAAGAGUGAAAGGGCCGAUGUGGCUUCAGUAAACAGACCAGAUGUAAUAGCAGCGAUCAGAGAUUCAGCACCAGUCAAUUGUUUUCUGUUUUUACUAAUGACCUUCCACUGACCUUGAAUAAAGCCUGGGUGUCUAUGUAUGGUGACGACUCAACAGUGUACAUGUCGGCUGCAACAGACAAAUAAAUAACUGACACCCUUAACAUAGAGCUCCAGUCAGGUUUAGAAUGGGUAACUAGCAAUAGGCUGGUGCUAAAUAUCUCAAAAAACGAAAAGCAUUAUUUUUGGGACAAAUCAUUCACUCAAUGCUAAACCUCAUUUAUAUCUAUUAUUGAAAAAUGUGGCAAUUGAACAAGUUGAGGAGACUAAACUGCUGGGUGUAACCAUAGAUGGCAAGCUGUAAUGGUCAAAACAUAUAGGCUCAAUGGUUGUUCAAAUGGGAAGAGGUCUGUCCAUGAUAGAGCGUUGCUCUGCCUUCUUGACAUCUCAGUCGACCAGACAGGUCCUACAGGCCCUAGUUUGUCGUACCUGGACUACUGCCCAGCUGUGUGGUCAUGUGCGGCAAAGAGGGACAUAGGUAAAUUGCAGUUGGUCCAGAACAAAGCAGCACGUAUCACACUUAGACGUACACGGAGGGCAAGUGUCAGUAACAUGCAUGUCAAUCUCUCCUGGCUCAAAGUUGAGGAGAAAUUGACUACCUCACUAUUGGUCUUUGUUCGAGGUAUUGAUGUGUUGAAGGUACCGAACUGCCUGUUCAAGUAGUUGGCACACAGUUCGGUACAUUGGCAUCAGUACAACACAAGACAGGCAACCAGAGAUCUCUUCACAGUCCCCAGGUCCAGAACAGAGGCUGGGAAAUGCACAGUAUUAAAUAGAACCAUGACUACAUGGAACUCGCUGCCACUCCAGGUAACUCAAGCUAGCAAAAAAACGGAUACAAAAAACGGAUAAAAACCCCCACCUUACUGCACACAGGGGACUGUGAAGAGACACAGCCAUUUUAUACAGUAUAUCUUGUAUUGUAAUUUGCACUGUAUUAUGUAUUAGACCUAGAUAGUGUGUAUGUACUGAUAUGUAGGCUAUGUGACGUUUUAAAUUGAUGUAGUUCAGUUCUUGUCUAAUAAAGUUCUGUACUAUGUCAUGUUUCAUGUGGACCCCAGGAAGAGUAGUUGCUCCUUUUGCUGUGGCUAAUGGGGAUCCUAAUAAAUAACAACAAAUGGACAACGACGGAAUCCGAACUUCGAAGUUCAGCACCACACUCCAGUGGACAGUCAUUCCCCACUGAAAUAUACUGAACAAAAAUAUAAACACAACAUGUAAAGUGUUGGUCCCAUGUUUCAUGAGCUGAAAUAAAAUAUCACAGAAAUGUUCCAUAUGCACAAAAAGCUUAUUUCUCUCAAAAAAAAUGUUUAGGCAUGCGUGUCGUUUAGAUAAGCAUGUCACUCACUACAUUCUGUUUCAAAUACCAAACCAACCGCACCGCUGACAGGGAGCGCUUUUGAUCCAGGCUGCUCAGCGCUUGAUUGCUCUGUUUUGAACAGUUGUUGCAUUAAGAGGGUUGUGUGCAUGUGUGUGUGGUUUUUCUUUAAGGGUAGUAUAGUAAGGGGUGUCAGUGAUCACUGAAUAUUUUAUGUGGGUAUUUCAUGCUCUUACCAUGCUCUGUUCAUUAUAUUAAUUCAGAUAAUAGUUUUUAAUAUGUAAUGCGUUAUACUGGUAUACUGCAUAUUCAUUGAUAUGAAAGUAUAACCAUCCAUUUAACUGAGAACCGGGUGAGGCAAUUUCCUCUGUUCUCUCUUUAUCUCUCUCUCUCUCUCUCAAUUCAAUUCAAUUCAAUGGGCUGUACUGGCUUGGGAAACGUGUUUACGUUGCCAAAGCAAUUCGAAUAGACCAGUGGUUCCCAACCUUUUUCGGUUACUGUACCACCAACUGAAUUUUGCUCUGGCUGGAGUUCCCCUGAAGUACCCCAUCAUGUGCAUUUUACCAGUAAGCCUAUGGCCUCAUGAGUCUUCUCAAGUACCACCUGUGGAUUGGCCAAGUACCCCAACUGGAAUAGACAAUAAACAUAAUGGGAAAUAAACCAUCAGAAAUUAACAGUAAACAUUACACUCACAAAAGUGUUUUAAUAAUAUUGACAAUUCAAAUGUUACAGUAUUGGCUAUGUACAUUGUUGUAACAAUGUUCAAAUAGUUGAAAUAUAAAAGGGAAAAUAAAUAAACAGAUAAAUAUAGGUUGUGUUUACAAUGGUGUUUGUGCUCCACUGGUUUCCCUUUUCUUGUGGCAACAGGUCACAAAUCUUGCUGCAGUGAUGGAACACUGUGGUAUUUUACCCAAUAGAUAUGGGAGUUUAUCAAGAUUGGAUUUGUUUUCAAAUUCUUUGUGGGUCUGUGUAAUCUGAGGGAAAUACUGUAUGUGUCUCUAAUAUAGUCAUACAGCUGACAGGAGGUUAGGAAGUGUAGCUCAGUUUCCACCUCAUUUUGUGGGCAGUAGGCACAUAGCCUGUCUUCUCUUGAGAGCCAGGUCUGCCUACGGCGGCCUUUCAAAAUAGCAAGGUUAUGUUCACGGAGUCUGUACAUAGUCAAAGCUUUCCUUAAUUUUAGGUCAGUGACAGUGGUCAGGUAUUCUGCUACUGUGUACCCUCUGUUUGGGCCAAAUAACAUUCCAGUUUGCGCUGUUUUUUUGUUGAUUCUUUCCAAUGUUUCAAGUAAUUAUCUUUUUGUUUUCUCAUGAUUUGGUUGGGUCUAAUUGUGUUGCUGUCCUGGGGCUCUGUUGGGUCUGUUUGUGUUUGUGAACAGAGUCCCCGUACCAGCUGUCUCGCUCUCUGUCUCCCUGUUCUCUCUGUCUCUGUCCUCUCUCAUACUAUCUUUCUCUGUCUCUCUCUUGCUCUGUCUCUCUCUUUCACUUUCUCUCGCUCUUACUUUCUCUCUCAUACUCCCUCUCUGUCUCCUAUCUUUGUCUUCCUCUGUUUCUCGGUCUCUCACACACUGACACACAAAAGCCCCGGCUGCUAGGUCAACGCAAGAGAAAAUCAGGCUUAUUUUUCUUCCAUUGAAACACCAUGGGGCUAUUACUAUGGGACUUCACAGGUCAAGACACACAGGUUAUGUAUGUAUUCCCUCCACAUUUAGUGAGAGUUACCAAAGGCAUUUAUUCAUUUUCAUGGGGGCAGUAUUACUUUCUAUCUGGCUGCCUUAAACUCUUCUCCUCAUCUUUCUCCAUCUCUCACGCUCAGUCUAGUUUUUCAUUGAGGUAGAGUCAGGAGUGUUAGUCAAGGCUCAGAUCUAGUAUUAUCAGGUGAGUCGCUGUGAGGUUUUUACACCUUUCACAAUCCCACAGAAAUUUCCCUCAAAGCACAGAGCAGGGGAAAGAUGCUACAGAGGUGCGACUGUGACAGGAAGCUUUUUACUGGGUUUGAAAAUGAAUAUUUCUGUUUGUAUGAAAUCGGUAUAUAUGCAUGGUGUGUGUGUGUAUUCACAAUAUGUUUGUGUGUAUUCACUGUGUGUGUAUUUACUGUGUGUGUGUGUGUGUUUGUCUUGUCUCAGAUGGGCUGGCUAGCAGAUAACAGCACGUUCCACUCCAACAUCCCUGAGGCUGCUGACCUGGUGGUGGCCAUGGUCUACUCUAUAUUUGGUAAGUACUACUGUACCCCAGAGUGUGACAUGCAUGUGUGACAGGAGGAGAUUGGCUUCAUUAAUUAAGGGAAGAUCUGAGUUAGCCAAUCAGAGGCUCAGAGCUCAAUUUCCCCCUCAGUCCACUCAGGAGGACACAUGUUUCUACUCUGUUGGCCAUCAGGUGUGUGUAUGUGCUUUCAUGCUUGCCUGUAAUAGUUUUUUAUUCCAGAGGGUCUUUGAGUCAGUUAGUAAUGGAGUGAGCCUGUUUAACAUUAGUCACACUUACAUGAUCAUUGGUUAGUAGUUCCUGGUUACGAAGUUGAAGUUUUAAUUAAUUUUGCCUGUCCUUGAACAAAACAACAAAUCGUCUCCUGGUGACUCAGUGUGUGUGUGUGUAGAACCCCCCUCUGAAAAUCAACCUCUAGGUUCAGUCUUUUUAACCCAGCCACCGGCAGCACGUGCACACCUCACCCUCCACACACUGAACACACACACACAGCUUUCUGAUCAGCAGGUUUCUGAUGUUAUUGUUAAGUGCUCCAUUUACACCAUUCACAUCUCUCUACCUCUCUCUUUUGCAUACACGCACGCAUGCCAUUCACUUAAACUGAGACAAGGAAACAGUCAGUCAUUGUUCUGAGGAAGAGGAUAGUUGAUUCAUAAAGAUGUUUAGUUGAUCUGUCUGUAUCUACUAUCAGACCAGUAUUACUGAAUGAAUUAGCCACAUUUUCAACUGCUUUGACUGCCUGCAGAUGACGAUGAUGAUGAUGGUUGUGCUUGUUAUUAUCACACUCUUAGACAAACAAAAAGGUGUGAUGGGUCCGUUCUGAAAAAGAUGUCGCAUAAAGCUUUCUUCAUUAUUCUAUUUUUUUAUUAUUUUCACUGCAUCCCUCUUGGCGUUUUUCCUAUUUUGUUGCAUUACAACCUGUAAUUUAAAUUGAUUUUUAUUUGGAUUUCAUGUAAUGGACAUACACAAAAUAGUCCAAAUUGGUGAAGUGAAAUGAAAAAAAUAAAUUGUUUCAAAAAAUUCUAACAAUAAAUAACGGAAAAGUGGUGCGUGCAUAUUUAUUCACCCCAUUUGCUAUGAAGCCCCUAAAUAAGAUCUGGUCCAACCAAUUACCUUCAGAAGUCACACAAUUAGUUAAAUAAAGUCCACCUGUGUGCAAUCUAAGUGUCACAUGAUCUGUCACAUGAUCUCAGUAUAUAUACACACCUGUUCUGAAAGGCCCCAGAGUCUGCAACACCACUAAGCAAGGGGUACCACCAAGCAAGCGGCACAAUGAAGACCAAGGAGCUCUCCAAACAGGUCAGGAACAAAGUUGUGGAGAAGUACAGAUCAGGGUUGGGUUAUAAAAAAAUAUCCAAAACUUUGAACAUCCCACGGAGCACCAUUAAAUCCAUUAUUAAAAAAUGGAAAGAAUAUGGCACCACAACAAACCUGCCAAGACUCACGGACCAGGCAAGGAGGGCAUUAAUCAGAGAGGCAACAAAGAGACCAAAGAUAACCCUGAAGGAGCUGAAAAGCUCCACAGCAGAGAUUGGAGUAUCUGUCCAUAGGACCACUUUAAGCCGUACACUCCACAGAGCUGGGCUUUACGGAAGAGUGGCCAGAAAAAAGCCAUUGCUUAAAGAAAAAAAUAAGCAAACACGUUUGGUGUUCGCCAAAAGGCAUGUGGGAGACUCCCCAAACAUAUGGAAGAAGGUAUUCUGGUCAGAUGAGACUAAAAUUGAGCUUUUUGGCCAUCAAGGAAAACGCAAUGUCUGGUGCAAACCCAAUACCUCUCAGCACCCCGAGAACACCAUCCCCACAGUGAAGCAUGGUGGUGGCAGCAUCAUGCUGUGGGGAUGUUUUUCAUCGGCAGGGACUGGGAAACUGGUCAGAAUUGAAGGAAUGAUGGAUGGCGCUAAAUACAGGGAAAUUCUUGAGGGAAACCUGUUUCAGUCUUCCAGAGAUUUGAGACUGGGACGGAGGUUCACCAUCCAGCAGGACAAUGACCCUAAGCAUACUGCUAAAGCAACACUUGAGUGGUUUAAGGGGACACAUUUAAAUGUCUUGGAAUGGCCUAGUCAAAGCCCAGACCUCAAUCCAAUUGAGAAUCUGUGGUAUGACUUAAAGAUUGCUGUACACCAGCGGAACCCAUCCAAUUUGAAGGAACUGGAGCAGUUUUGUCUUGAAGAAUGGGCAAAAAUCCCAGUGGCUAGAUGUGCCAAGCUUAUAGAGACAUUGAAUUCGAAACAGCAUUUGUAGGGAACAACCGAUGAGCAGCAGGUGCUUCUAAUCAGGAUUUUCUCUCAUCUACCAAUCAGGGAUGUGGCUUUUCUGGUCUACCUGUAUACAAGUUAGUCACAAUUGCCUUAGGUGUCUGCUCACUUGGAUACAUUAUAUAAUUUCACAAGAUAGAUUGGUUGACAGAACAGGAAUUUAAGUAUCUUUCUGUCCCAAAACCUACAGUUUCAAUCCUUUAUGGUCUAAGGUUCACAAAUAAACCACAUUAAGACCUAUCAUUUCAGGUAAUGGCUCUCUUACCGUAAAGUCCUGCAGCACCCCUUGAAAAAUCAGAAUAAAUAAAACAUAUAUUUAAAAAAUUAAAAUGCUAAAGAAAAUACAAAAUAUGUGCACUGGGCCUUUACUGGUAUUAGCGGACCGAUAUAGAUGUCUGUAGCAUGGGCAAAAACAUUGUUUCAGCAUCUCUACUUUGGCAAGAAAGGUAGUUGUAUAAUUAAGAACAGUAUCUUGCAGGAUUCAAUAGUUGGAAUUGUAAGAGUUGUAGCCCUGUCCCUUUCUCUGCUAUUGUCCUUCUAAUGGAUCCAGAAAGAACAAAACUCUGUCCUCAAACAUUUACAUCAAAGGUGCAAAGUUAUGGGCAAAGACACAAAACAUCCACAUCAAAUUACAUAUUUUCCUUUACCAAAUAACAUGGAAAACAACCACUUUUUGUGCGGUAUUAAUUUACCAUCCUUACAAACCACAAUGUAAAUGCACAUUACUGUAUUGUACAUAGGCUGGUCAUAUAGGUUUGUACCUGUAGACUUUCCAUCACCAUGAAGAAAAACAAUACACAAUACAGUAAUUGAGUACAUUGAGACAUUAAGUGGUUUGUAAUGAUGUGAUGUGAUGUGGCUCAGUUGGUAGACCAUGGCGCUUGCAGCACUAGGGUUGUGGGUUCGAUAAGAGCAUCUAGUAAAAGGGAUGAGUUGCAUUUGCAAAGUAUUUCAAGAAACUGGAAAACAUAUCAAGCAAGUAUUUUUUAUAUUCCACAAGCAUUAUCAGCUUAACUGUUUUGUACAGAUAAUUAUCAGACUCAAGUUACAAAUGCUGGUAAACACUCAAAUACAAAUACAUUUAGUUUUUAAGUUUUUACCUAGUCCACUAUGGAGGACUAAAAGUGCCACAAUUAAAUAAAUAAAUACACCAUUAAAUAAUUACUUAAAUGUGUCAUUAAUUAAUUAAAAUUAGAAUUAAAUACAUAAAUGUGUUAUUAAAUGUGUCAUUAAUUAAUUCAAAUACCGAUUCAUUUUAUGUAAAAUACAUAUAUAAUAAUUUCACUAUUUACAUUUACAUUUCAUGGUCCUGCGUUGGAGUGCUUCCUGAAUUACUUAAAACUGUCAAACUGACCCAUCAAAAGUUGGUAGGCGGAACCUAACGCCUGAUUGGUUACCCUCUGCAUCAAGCCAAGACAAAUCAAUUCCGGAUAAUGUCAGCAGGUCCUGCUUCUACAUCCUCUGCUAAGUUUAAAAUGUCUCUAACCAACUCCCUGGAAAGUUCACGGAGAUCCUCCAUUGUCUCUAUCCAGGUUGGCCUACUCUACUUCAGACCAAAGCAAUGGAUCAGACUAGAUUCGCGUUAGCCCCGCCCACUGACUUUGAUGGGUCAGUUUGACAGUUUUAAGUAAUUCAUGAAUCACUGCAAUGCAGGAUCAUGAAAUGUAAAUGUAAAUAGUGAAAUAAUUAUAUAUGUAUUUUACAUAAAAUGAAUCGGUAUUUGAAUUAAUUAAUGAUACAUUUAAUUACACAUUUAUGUAUUUAAUUCUAAUUUUAAUUAAUUAAUGACACAUUUAAGUAAUUAUUUAAUGGUGUAUUUAUUUAUUUAAUUGUGGCACUUUUAGUCCUCCAUAGUCCACUGGGCCUUUACUAGUCCUGUAUUAGCGGACUGAUAUAGACAUCUUUAGUGUGGGCAAUUUUUUUCCCUUUCUGCCUGUGUUCAGUUGAACGUUGAUUAGUGUGUGUGUGUGUACACAGAAAACAGAUUAAACUUAGUGACUAAUCACCCCUUUGUCUCCAAGUGUUAAUUGCGUUAACCUCCCAUAAGGUACCUAAACACAAUAAUAAUAAUAAUAAUAAUAUGCCAUUUAGCAGACGCUUUUAUCCAAAGUGACUUACAGUCAUGUGUGCAUACAUUUUUACGUAUGGGAGGUCCCGGGGAUCGAACCCACUACCCUGGUGUUACAAGCGCCAUGCUCUACCAAUUGAGCUACAGAGGACUACAACACAUGUGUAUCUCUCAGUACCCCUUAAACAUCCCCUGGCAUGUUGAUUAGUGUAAUAAUACGGCUUUAUUAAAGGAACAGGCAGCGUUUAAAGACAUAAUCCCCCCUCAGACAGCAUGCAGGAAAACAAUACGCUCGAGAUUGAUGGUGGCUCAGAGAGCUCUGUGUGGGCAGGACUGGCUGGCUGACUGGCUGACCGACUGACUGGUUAGACAGCAGGCUGGUUGACUGACUUGCUGGCUGACUGGCUGGCUGAUUGUGGUUGGACUUUAAAUCAGAUUAUUGUGAAGGAGGGCCGGGUUCCCUAUAAAGUGCUACUCAUCUUGGACCGCCUCCAGAUUUGUAAUGUUUUUUAAUGUGUUUGUGUUAUGUAUGAUGUCAACUCAAUAAAGGUUUUUAAAGUAACAUUUUCCUCCCUCUCCCUCCCUCUCUUCCCUCUCUUCCCCUCCAUCUCUUCCCCUCCCUACCUCCCUCCCUCCCUCCCUCCUUCCCCCAGGUGUGUGUUCUCUGGUGGGUAACACCAUACUACUCUAUGUCUCCUAUAAUAAGAAGAUUCUGCUGAAACCAGCAGAGUUCUUCAUCAUUAACCUGGCUGUCAGUGACCUGGGCAUGACCCUUAGCCUCUACCCCCUGGCUGUGACAUCUAGUAUCUACCACAGGUUGGUUAGAUACAAAUACAUACACACGCACACGCAUAUUAAACACAUUCAUACACUCACUCAGCUGAUUUAAUAUCUGAGUAAUAACACUCUCCCUCCCUCCCUCCCUCCCUCCCUCCCUCCCUCCCUCCCUCCCUCCCUCCCUCCCUCCCUCUCCCUCUCUCCCUCUCCCUCCCUCCCUCUCCCUCCCUCUCCCUCCCUCCCUCCCUCCCUCCCUCUCCGCCUCUCCCUCCCUCGCCGCCUCUCCCUCCCUUGCCGCCUCUCCCCCUUCCCCUCCCUCUACGCCUCUCCCCCUUCCCCUCCCUCUACGCCUCUCCCUCCCUCUACGCCUCUCCCCCUUCCCCUACGCCUCUCCCCCUUCCCCUCCUUCGACGCCUCUCCCCCUUCCCCUCCCUCUACCUCCCCACCUCUCCUCUCUCUCUCCCAGGUGGUUGUACGGUAAGACAGUGUGUCUGGUCUAUGCCUUCUGUGGAGUGUUGUUUGGUAUCUGCAGUCUGACCACCCUGACCAUCCUCAGUACUGUGUGCUGCCUCAAGGUCUGCUACCCACUCUACGGUAAGACCACAGCACCGCUGACCUCAACAUGACCAUCUAGGAUCCACACUAUGACAAUCUCUUCUUGUUGUUAUUUUCUUUGACCAAACUACGACCGCUCUACAACUGUCUGACCACAUGACAACAAGACCAUCUAUACCUGUGACUGUUUCUGUGUUUCUGCAAUAUGAAUGCAUUAAGGCUCUUUUGACUGCAUAACCAUUAAACAUCACUGUUACUGAUUCUUACCAUACUAUGGCUGACUGUGUAUGAUCCCCCCCACAGGUAACCGGUUCAGCCCAGACCACGGUCGUAUCCUGAUAGUGUGUGCGUGGGCUUAUGCCCUGGUGUUUGCCUGUUCCCCUCUAGCCCAUUGGGGUGCAUAUGGCCCAGAGCCCUAUGGCACGGCCUGCUGUAUCGACUGGCAGGUUCGUCUCCUCUUACUUAUUAUUUGUUCUGUCUAUUACUUUUUUCAUGGAGUCUUUGUUACUAUUCAACACUUUAGAUUAUUAUUUUUAUAUAUAGUGGUCAGUGGAACCCCAAAGGCUAUGAAUUAAUUGUUUUGUACAUUUUAACUUACUUUGAAAAUGUGUCAGAUAAUCCUGUAAGUCGCUAAGGGCUAUUCGACACAAAAAUACAAAUCAUCUUUCAUUAAUUCUACAGCGGUCCAACCGGGACGGUGUGGCCAGGUCCUACACUGUGGCACUGUUCCUCUGCUGCUACAUUCUGCCCUGCUGUGUCAUCACUUCCGCCUACUCACAGAUCCUGGUCACGGUCAGGGAGUCACGGAGAGCAGUGGAGCAACACGUCUCACAGCAGACACGCAUGGGGAAUGUACAGACCACCAUAGUGAAGGUAACGGUAUAGAUGCACACACACACGUAAUUAAAGAUGGAAUCCGCAGUAGGGAAACAGUGCCACUGUCCGCCCCACCUACGUUGUUAUUCUUUUAGAUUUUUUGACGAAGCGGAGGCGAGGAGCAUCGCGAAAUGAUGUGCGAGGGAAAGAAAACUGUGUUCGGUGUUUGCAGUAACUUCUUUGUUGUUGUAAUAUCCGAUGUGGUAGUUUCACCAUUAUGGAUUCCAGCGUUAAACUAAAUGUCUGCUGUCCCGUGUGGCUCAGUUGGUAGAGCAUGAUGCAGUAUGAAGAUACUGUAGUACUGAAUAAAGAUUAAGAAACAUGUAAUCUGGUCUGACGGUCAUCUCGCGCUGAACUGCACAUGUCCAUGCCACCAAGGCAAAGGCACUACUGUGAUAUAAAGUAGUUUUUGACGAAAAUGAAAACAUGUCAGUUUGUCACUUUCUCAAGGUUGGAGUAAUAACAUGUUCAGCUACUUCAGACAUUGGCUUGAAUCUACAUUGUGCCUUUAGAUUUUGAGAAAAUGAACAACUAAGGAAUAAUUGUUCACUUCUCCCAUUGACUUUCCAAACCCUUGUCUGGUCUGUCGGCUUCGCGAAGCGUUCACGGAAGUAUCGCGAUGUUGGGCCUCUGGGUUUAGAAACUCUAUGGCGGUAGUCAGACUAUUUCCUCAAUAUGUUUCAACUACCUGGCUCAAUGCAGCUACGACACUCCAAUCACUAUGCAAUAAAGGCUUCUCUCCAGAAAGGACAGAACAGUUUAGCUUUACCUUUUAACGGUCCCAGACUGGGCUGGGUAUGCAGUAGCUUUGUCUCUCUUUGAAAACUCAUAUUUCACAUUUGCAGCAAAGAAUACAUUUCCUUGACACCUAACUCAGAACAGAAUUGUCAAACUGUACCAAGACUAAUAAAUCCUUUAUGUAAAUAAUGGUCAUUUCUCUCUCUCUCUCCCCCUCCCCUCUCUAGCUCAGCGUGGCGGUGUGUAUUGGUUUCUUCGCAGCGUGGAGUCCCUACGCCCUGGUCUCCAUGUGGGCAGCGUUCGGUCACAUGGACUCCAUCCCUCCGAUGGCGUUUGCCAUCCCUGCCAUGUUUGCUAAGUCCUCAACCCUCUACAACCCUCUGGUCUAUCUGUUGCUGAAGCCCAAUUUCCGCCACCUCCUGUCUAAAGACCUUCACUCCCUCCACAGGGCCUGUGUUCUUCAGUGUCGCUGUGUCCGCUACCUCCGCCGCUUCUCCUACCGCUCCGUCCUUGCCGUUACGCUACGCUGGCUAUGCCCGCAGGGAUCAGAAUCAAACUCCGCCCCCAAUGUGGUGACCACUGCUGCCACGGCCCACGCAGUGCUAUGCUCCUCGCAAUGCCCCUGCGAGCACUGCCAGGAUACGUUUGAGUGUUUUAAACAGUAUCCGAGACGUUGUCAUGUCAACGUCAACACUGUGCAGCUCUCACUACAGGACAGUAUGUCUCCUGUUGUACCCCAUGCACCAGGCCCUCCCGGACCCCCGGUUAAAACUGCACCCCCUGUUCCCAAUGCCAAGAGCUCAGAGAUAGACAGUCUAGAGAUCACCUUGGAGACAGUCCCCUCCCACUACAAGGCUGCCGGACCCUGA